CCCCGCGCCUCGCCGGGCCUGCGCCGCUCGCCGCCCCCCGCUGCCUUCUCGGCUCCGCUCCUUCAUCUUGCAGUUUUUUUGGUUUUAUUCCUAGACUGAUUUUUUGUGUGUUUUUAAUUCUUGUUGCUGUGGGGGGAUUUCUUUGGGGUUUUUUAUUUUAUUGUGGGAGUGCUGGUGUUUUUUAAAUUUUUCUAUUGUUGUUUUUGUAUUAUUCCGAUCGAUCUUGGCGUUUUCUCGCCCCUCUCCUCCCCGGCUUGCAGAGGAGUUCAGGCUCUCACCUGAACUUUCACCGCCUGGUAUAUGCUGUUGGGAUAUCCAUAGGAGAUCGCCCAGGAAUGGUGGAUCACUUGCUGCCUACCGAUGAAUCCUUUUCAUCUACAAGACAUUCUCUUGGAUACUUUGGGGACAUGACAGCGGGGGUGAGGACCUACCAAAUGCUGCCCUCUCCGCUGUCAGAAGAUGACAGCGACUCGUCCAGCUUUUGCUCUUGUUCCAGCCCUGAGUCCCAAGUUCUCAGCUCCAGCUAUGGAAGCACGUCCAGUGCGGAAAGUCAGGACAGUAUCUUAGAUUACUUAUUGUCCCAGGCAUCUUUGGGGAACACCUCUGCAUCAUGGUGGGACAAAAGGAGAUUUCAGCCAAUGGUGAAAGAGGAGUACUUUAGGUUGCCUGAAUUUGCCGUGGAUAUGGAAGACUCAGGACCAUUCCAGCCCACACUUGAGGAAAUUGAGGAAUUUCUGGAGGAGAACAUGGAGUUGGAGCUCAAAGAAAGACCUAAAAGUGAGACCAAGGACUUGAGAGCUUGCAGCCAAGUUUCUGUUGCUUCACUACAGCAAAAAGACCAUAUGUUACCCGGCGCUAGUUUAAAAGAGAAUAAAAACGAACAGUUGGGCAGCUCAACGGAAGGUGGCCAAGCUUCAAAUGGAGGAAUGUCCCUGGAGAAUGGGAUACCGGUUAUGCUUCAGAUUCAGCCUGUACAGAUCAAACAGGAGUCUAACACGAGCCCCAGUUCCCAAGGACCAGCACAAGAGAACAUAAAAAUUGCACAGCUUCUGGUCAACAUCCAAGGACAGACAUUUGCCCUUGUGCCUCAGAUAGUUCAGUCGUCCAAUUUGAACUUGUCCUCUAAAUUUGUCCGCAUCGCUCCCGUCCCCAUCGCUGCCAAGCCACUUGGGCCAGGAGGCAUGAUGCAGGGGCAGACGGGGAUCAUCAUGGGUCAGAAAUUUCAAAAGAACCCUGCAGCAGAACUCAUUAAAAUGCACAAAUGUUCUUUUCCUGGUUGUACCAAGAUGUACACGAAAAGCAGCCAUUUGAAAGCCCACCUGAGGAGGCAUACAGGAGAAAAGCCUUUUGCAUGCACAUGGCCAGGUUGCGGAUGGAGGUUCUCCAGGUCAGACGAGCUGUCCCGGCACAGGCGCUCCCACUCAGGGGUGAAACCCUAUCAAUGUCCUGUCUGUGAGAAGAAGUUUGCUCGAAGUGACCACUUGUCCAAACACGUCAAGGUGCAUCGGUUCCCACGAAGCAACCGCUCCGUCCGCUCCGUGAACUGAUCGGUCCCUGCUUUCCCCUUCCCACCCAGCCACCCCAUGACAGCUGAUGACAGCACUUUGCUCACUAUAUUUCUAGUGAUAAUUUAUUUGUCUCCACAGAACAGUCAAUGCUGUUACUUGAUACCACCGUGUCUGAGUGUCCCGUGUCCUUUAAAGAUGAUUUGAGAAUGAUGUUCUUUUUGGGUCAAGGGAGGGGGAUCCUUCCUCCUUUUUGUCUUUUUUUUAAGGAUGUUAUUUUCUUUUCCUUCUAUCUUUCCCUCCUUUGCUGCUGCUUCUUUUGGAAAUUACAAUGUUUUAUUUUUAGCUGUUUUCUGCUGCACAGGAAAAUGUAAGAGUUGCUUGCUGCUAGUUAAUUAUAGCCCUGGCAUUCCUAAGGGCUUUGCUCAUGUACAGGCCAUUCAUUGUGAGUUUUUAUUAAGCUGCUCUAUUUGUCCAGUUUGGAAACAGCAAAUUCCUUUUGAAAUGAAAACAACUCCUUUGUUUUUGGGUCGCCUGAGCCAAGGAUUUGAAGGGGCUGGCUGUAGGAGGAGGAACAGUGGAAGUCGGGGACAGGGGGAGACAAGGAAUGGAGAGCACUGGCAUGUGCCUCUGUGCCUCUCUGACUCCUCUGGCUCACAUUUACCUUUUCCUUGGCUAGGGCUAUAUAUAAAUAUUUAUGUAUAUAUAUUCAUACAUACAUAUAUAUAUAUAUAUAUAUAUAUUUAAGCAAGGGCAUAUUCCAAGCAAACCUGGGAGCUCAGGCUGGAUGAAAUGGCUUGGAGUGGAGCCUUUUGGUGUGGUAGAGCACUUACUGUGUGCAUGCUUCUCCUGUGCCGGGGUGCUGUGAGGGUGAAAGGAUGCCCAUGUGUCAAAUGAAAUGCUGCUUUCCUUUCACUCUGGUUUGCAGCAUCCACUGUCCUUAGCAGAAGAGCUGUUGUGUAGUGUAUAAAGCAGCAGGAAGUCAUUUGUGAGAAGGGCUGAACUCUGUUCCUGUCUCUGUUCCUGUCUCUGCUCCUUUCCUCUGGUAUGGUCUGGGGGAGAAACCAGAAACCCAGCCCCAAAGGUGCCCAGUGGUCCUGGUGAGCUCUGGAUAUCCGCUGUGAGUCAGUGCCUCAGUGGCUGGAGCUCAGUCUCUGUCUGCUGGUCUGUGGGGUGUUGUAGGAUGUACUUGUACACAGGUGGGAGGGAGGCACCGUGGCCUCGUAGGACAGCACCGUGAGAUCUUCUGUCCAAGGGUGAUCUUCAGUGCUAAUCCUCUCCAUACCAACAGCCAUGUCAGAGCUCCACGCAGCUGGGGUGGGCAAAUGGGUGAGAACAGUAGCCAAAAGAAACCAAUUUGUGUGGUAGCUGGCUAAGAAGGGAAUUUAAGCGAACAAUCAGCUGGUAGCAGGCGAACGGUUCUGUUUGUGUUUUCUUCUCGUUCCGUUUUUCCUUUUGAACUCUGGCAAUUGUAAGGAGCUUUUUUUAGAUGAAAAUAGAAUUCAGUAAUUAAGAACGAUUUUUAUAAUGGAUGUUGCAUUUCCUUUCCAUUCACAGACGGCAUCUGUUUGUCUCUGUGUUGGUGAGAUGGGAAGUGGGAGGCUGCGGUUGUAGCGCUAGGCAGAGCAGGAGCCCGCGCUGCGCCAGGGCAGCGGGCCGAGCUGAAGCGAAUGCAUUCCUUUUGUCCUCUAGAAAUUAAUAUAAGUGAACUAUCAUCUAUUGACUGGUUUAUAUCACAUCCUAUGAAUGUAUGUAAAUAAAACUGUACAUAGAUGCAUAUCUAUAUAAAAUAUCUUUUAAUAACAUAUCAAAAUUUGU